CCCAGAAACCCUUUUCACAAUCACAUAUCUUUAGUCUUCAGUUUUUUAUUUUCGAUCUAAAGAUGGCACGACCAAAUUUUGAUGCUCUUAGAGACUUGCACAACUCUGCCAAUGACCUUCUUCACUCACCCACCAUCCAACGAGCUCUUCUGCACCAACGUCAAGAAAAAUGGGUUCAUGAAGUCUCGGAGGCAUCUUUAAGGUUGUUGGACGUGUGUGGCACUUCUAAAGAUGUUCUUUUGCUCGUCAAAGAACAACUCCAAGAUCUUCAUUUCACGUUGCGUAGGAUAUCAUGCAUUGGCGAGCCGGAUAUAGGUAGCAAAAUCGCGGCUUAUAAUCUGUACAGAAAGAAGUUGAAGAAAGAAACAUUGAAGUGUUUGAAUUCACUGAAAGGGAUGAAGAACAAAUCCAUUAUUAUUGCUCCGGACCUCUCAGCAAUAGACGACAACCUUAAACUAGUCGUGGAUGUGCUAAAGGAAGUGAGAGAGACUACUGUUUCUAUGGUGGAGUCACUUUUGUCUCUCAUUUCCAUACCUUGGCUGGACAGAAAAUCAUCAAAAGCGUCUUUUGCUUCGAAGUUUGUACGCUUUAGUGGCCAAAGUUUUUACGAUAUUUACGAUGUGAUGGCCCUUCAAAGUGCUAAUAAAAGAUUGGAGGCAGCUGAGAUUGCCAUUGAAGAUCUUGAAGCAGAGUUGGAGUUCAUGUUUAGGCGUUUGAUCCAGACUAGGGUUUCACUUCUCAACAUUCUAACAACUUAAUAAUAGCUACCUACCUAGAUCUAGAUAUUGUAUGUAACACUGGGAUCCGAAAUAUUCCAUGUUAAUUUGGUGUUCCAAUUUUUGGGCAUGCCUUGCGCCCUGGCUCACCAGUACUGCUUAGGGUUCAG